UUGUUCCUCCUAGACUUCACGUAAUAUCAGAUGCCAGAUAAUAGACUGUACUGGACUUAUAUCGAAAUAAUAACGACCAAAUUAACGAAAGAAGUCGGGAGCUACACUCGUGUGCGCCUACUCACGCCAUGCUUAACCCGGAAGUCCGACAUUGGUAUUGUGAAAGCAAAAGUCACUGGAUCAUCAGUGACUGCGUUCUGGGCCUAGAACAGCAGUUUGAUGGGGCAUUGCCAUGGCAACGACUAGAGCGUCAACAUGUCGACACGUCGUGAAAAGGAAGAGCAACCAAAAGUAAGGGACAACAAGGUACAGAAAGAGGAAACUGCCUUCCUACACUGGGAAGCGCUGCCACACCAACAAAUCCAAGACCUGCUGAAGAAAACUGGGGAUGAACUCCAGUCGGAAAUAAAGGAGAUUCUGGGCUUCAGGAACCAUCAGAUGUGUAUGAAGGAAUCUGCCCUGCUGGAUUACUAUGUCUGUGGUUUCUGGUGGGCAAAAGAGGCCAACUUCACCCCUAUACAGACCUCCUUCACCAUGGCUGUACUGCACAUGCUGCUGGAUAACAUAAUAGAGAAACAGAUGGUUUUGGUGGAGAACUUGAUGGAGUUUGCUAAGGCCUUAGCUGCUGCCUGCCAAUACUCGACUUCAGAGGAAGACACCACUUCACUUCUGGACAGAGAAGAAGCCAAGUCACUCAUAAGUUACAUCGGAAACAGUCUGUUUCAGAAAUACAGACUCUAUGAGCUUCUCUUCACCACAUCCAGAGAGGAGCUACUGACAGGCAUGGAGACAUGCUGUUUUCCAGAGGACCGUUGAGGUGUUCAGCUGUCAGGAUGCCCUCACUCCACUGGAGGAAGGCAUUUCCACUUACCUCUACUUCCAGUAAAUGGCUCUGCCUGCUAUCCAGAAAAAUGAACAGGUGGUGAUGGACAGAUGGAUGGAUGGACAGCACCACUGUGAGCUGUGAUUCCUUUGUUGUCCAUAGUUGGGCGUUGUCUUUCUAUGGAAUCAUCUUUGUCCUCAGUUUUUCUUCUGUACCCUUCACACAAUCCAUGUUAUUAGACUGCCUCACAUGGAGAAAAAACCCCAGAUAAAUUAAUUGAUCAUUUAUUAUGAACUAGGCUAAUAUUUAGAUAUUGUAUGGGUCAAGUGGUAUGUAACUAUGAGGUGUGCACUUAUUUUUUUCCCUUCACAAUAGAGGAGUUGCCUCUUUACAAAAAAUAAUAAAAAAAAAACUUUUCUGGAUUAUACAUAUGCCUUAUUAUACAUAUUGUUCAUCAUGACUAAUGCUGCAUUCUACGGUGACUUUAGCUUCCCUCUGUGUAUGUAAAAUUAGCAACGGCUACGCAUGUAGAUGCAGUGGCCGGUAGCUCCUUCAAACUUGGUAUAUUUUUGUUUUCAUCUGGGGUUUUUGUUUUUGGUUUUAUUGCUAACUAUAACUGGAAACGACGUGCAUGUACUUCCACAGAAAUAUGAGUUGGCCAGUGGUGGCGCUGUAAUUAAGGCCCAAAAAUACAAUUUUGGAAAGGCCACGUCCCUCACACUUUAAGUCCAGUUGACCUGAAAUUUCUCACGCAAGUCAAUCAACACCAACUUUUUGAUACAGCAUUGCAGGACUGAGAUACACAUUUCUAUUAUAAAUGAACAAGAACAGUCUGUCUUUGGGAAUCGGCGUGCCUAAGCAUGUUGCCCUUGACCCAUAGGGGGCGCCACAAAUGCCUAAAAAACUUUACCGAAUGAGCUAGAAACUGGAAACCUGGCCCAAUAACUGGAAAUGAUGUGUAUGUGCUUCCAUAGAAAUAUGAGUCAAAUUUUAGGCCAUUUUUCACCAUUUACAGGCUACGUACUUUGUGCAUUGUCCAAUCUUCCCCAAAUUUCACAUGUUUGAUAAGAGUCCCGGUCUGUGGGCAUCUACAUGCCAUUAAGGAGUCAUAGUCAUUAUACAUUUACAUCAAAUACAUUUUUGAGAGGCUCAAAAACUAUAGAAAUUUUGCACACACAUCACAACUGGCAGUUCUGCAGUGAUUGGGCUCGGGCAUGGCCAGGGGGCUCUAUGGUGCCCCGAAACGCAUGCCACAGUUGGGAAAAAGUUGCUUUGAUCUUCAUGAGAUGUUGGGGGAUCAUUACAGAUCAUAAAGAACAUAUUUCAGUUUCUUGUGAGAGAGUUUGCCCAACAGGAAGUCAGCCAUUUUGGAUUUCUUGCGUCAAUUUCAAUUUUCUUUUAACACGUUUGAGGCCUUUAGGAUUCUCAAAAAGUCAUGAAACUUUGCACCCAGACUUGAACUGGUAAAUAUUUCAAUUUGAUAUUACUUUUGGGCUGGGGAUGGCACAUUGGCUCUAUAGCGCCCCCUAAUGACUUUUAUCCUUCAAAUGGCUCGGUAUAGUUGAAAACUCACGAAACUUGGCACACGCGUCAGAAGGGGUAUGUUUUGUUGUCUGGUAUAAUCUCUUGGAGCCAUACCCUAAACCCAACAGGAAGUCAGCCAUUUUGAAUUGAAAAUGCACUUUUCGGCAUUUACAGGUUCCGUACUUUAGCAAACUCCUCCUAGAGAAUUAAUCGGGUCGACUUAAAAUUUUCGCAGAGCAAUCUAAAGACCUUUAUGAUGAAAAGCUGAGUUUUCGUCGAACGGUGUGACCGUUAUGGGGCGGCGAAUUUCAAUGUUUCACCAUGAAACAGGAAGUGGUUUGUCACACGACAUGGUCCAAUCUCAACCAAACUUCAGAUCCCACCCUGAACACAUCUAUCGAUCUAUCAGUAAUUUUCACAGUGCAACCUACUGGCAACAGGAAAUGGCAUGUUUUACACAUUGAUUUACUCCAGCCAACAAUUUGAGUACAUCCACUUCAAAUGUCAUCAGAAAUGGCCUUAAGACCUUGUGAUGCGUCACUGUAAAGAUUGUGAGUUUUUGGCAAACGGCCUUGGCGUGGGGACACGGCUAAUUUUGAUGCUUCGCCAUGACACGGAAAGCUGUUGUAACUUCACUUUACAUUGUCCAAGCUUGUUAGAUGCAUGUUAGAUGCUUGCAUGUUAGAUAAGAGUCCAGGCAUGAACACAUCCAUAUCCUCAAACUGAGUCAUAGUCAUAGCGCCACCUACUGACAACAGGAAGUCACCCCAAAUUAAGCCCCUCCUUGCGGUUUGAUGUAAAUGUACGAAAUUUGGGAGGCACAUGUAAGAUACUCAGGUAGACUCCUUCCCGAGGGCAGGGCUUAAGUAACACAGAGUAGCUUAAAUUUCUGAGUUCCCGGUCCAUUUUUCACAAUUGAGAAUGACUUCCGGAUGGGAGCCGAAAUGUCUUGAUUCUGAAAACAGUGUCCAGAUGACUACGACUGAAACCUUUUCUACGAUAGGACACUCCUGGACGAAUGAGGGACUACACUGUCAUAAAAGAAGUAGUUCUUCUUGUAGCUUACACACCUGCACUCAUCCACACCAGUAUCCUCUAUUUAUCAUCCUCACUUUUAGCACAGAGAAUGUGCUUACUCACCGAAAUAGAUCACUACACUGAACUUUGUUAUAGCACUUUAUCAUUAAAGUGGUCAUUUUAUUCUUAA